CAAAAAAAACCAAAAAAAAAAAAAAACAAAAAAAACAAAGGCCUACAUGGUGACAGGUAAGCUUUUAUUUCAUCUGAUUUUUUUAUGAUCCUGUCUUCAUUUAGAGUAGAGCCCUCCAGGAGUCUUAUUUUAUUAAGAGGUUUCAGUUACAACUUAAACUUAAUAUUUUUUUCUGUUUACAGCAAACAAACAUACAAAAAAAAUCAGAAAGUAUUCCUAAAUAUCCUACCAUUGUUGUUCUAUGUUCAAUAUAUAGCUUUUAAAAAAUUCCUUAUAAUCCACGUGAGAAAGUUAUAGACUACCAUGAAUAUAAGGUCAAUUAAGAGUCUUUUAUUUAAGCUAGAGUCUGAGAGCUGGCUUUUGUCACAGCAAACUCUCGGCCCCUGUAUUAAACAGAAUUUAUAAGGACAAAAGACCACAAUUGAAUCACACCAGGUGCAUGCUAGGGGAUUUUUUACUUUAAACAAGGGACUAUUUCCCAGCAAGGAAAAAGGAAACUGAUCUGUUAACAUUUGACAAGCAUCAUUUCAUUUCUCAGAAGGGGGAAACUGUUCUGUCUAGCAGGAUGUAGUUCUGGGGGGUAGGUAUGGAAUCAGGAUAGCCUGAUCUCUCUUAGACCAAUUCCCCUUCUCACUUUCCCUCUUUCUUCUUUUGAGACAGAGUCUCAUAUAGCCCAGGAUGGCCUCAGCUAACUGUAUAGCUAAGGAUGACCUUGGAUUUUGGAUCUUCCUAUUUCCAUCUCUCAAGUGCCACAAAUAUGGGCAUGCACCACCACACACAGCCUCUUUGUUUUGUUUUUAGUUUGUUUGUUUGAGACAAGGUCUUAUGAUGUAGACCCAGCUGGCCUGGUACCUCCCUCUGUAGCUCAAGCUGGCUAAUACUUGCAGGGAUCCUACAUAUCUUGGAGUCAGAGGUAUGCAUCAUCAUGCCCAGCUAGUAUAUAGUUUAUAUUGACAUAAACUUUGAACUUCUGUGCUGAAAAAACAACAACAACAGAGGCUGGAGAGAUAGUCCAGUGGUUAAGAGCACUGGCUGCUCUUCCAGAGGACCCAGGUUCAGUUCCCAGCCCCAAUAUGGCAGCUCACAACUGUUUGUAACUACAGUUCCAGGGAUCUAACAUCCUCACACAGACAUGAAUGCAGAUAAAACACCAAUGUACAUAAAGCUAAAUUCAACCAAAAAUCCCUUUUAACAAAGAAGAUAAGUAUAAGAUUAUUUUUAUAGUUAUUUAUUUGUUCAUCUGUGUGUGUGUGCCACAGUGCGCACCACACGGGGGGAUGAGGACAGCUUGUGGGAUUUGACUCCCUUUUUCCACUAUGUGUAUUUUAGGCUAUGGACUCUUUGUUUGAUUUGUUGAGAGAGGUUCUUUCUGUGUAGUCCUGGCUGUCCUGGAACUCCCUAUGUAGACCAGGCCGGCCUUAAAUUCACAGAGACCUCCCUGUCUCUGCCUCCUGCGUGCUGGACUUAGAGUUGUGUGCACCAUGCCUGGCCUUCAGAUGUUGAACUCCUGUUAGAUGUAGUGGCAAGCAUCUCAACCUACAGAGCCAUCUCACUGGCCCCUAUUGUAAAUUGAACCACAGAAACUCAGACUAUCCCCCACUGACCUUUGCAAUCCAUAAAAUUAGCAAUUUCUGGGAAUAGAAAUAUUUAUGCAAGGUUUGUGGGUAUGAUAUGAAAGACAUUCUCUUUCCCAAAAAGGUGACCUUUUGCAACAAAUUACUUCUCUCAUCAGUGUUAAGGUCUCGGUUAAGAGGUCUAAAUAGCAAAUGAUACAGACUUUGUACACAAGGCUUACAUAUCAUGGAGUUACAAGAUGUUCUUAUGAGUUUUUAAUAAUAAAUUAAUAAUUACUAAAUUGGAAAAAAUUCUAAAUACGAUUGCCUGAGGAGUAGAGAAAGAGGCAUAUUGUCUGUUAAAGUUUUUAUCUCACUCAAAGAUAAUAAAAUUGUUUCUAAGCCAAGUUCAAGAACACUUUAUGCAGAACUCAUAUUAAUCAUUGUUGAUCAAUACUGCUGUUUUAAGAAAGCUUGGGCAGAAACAGAAAAUGAAAUAUAGAGCUUAUGUGGGGGAAAAUGUGUUUUUAAAUAAUAAGAAAUUAAAUAGCUUACUAAUAUAUGCUUACAGACCAACUUAUCAUGUUUUGUAAAGUUGCAGGAAUGGCGAUUACACUAAAUUGCAGAUUAAAUGGACUGAAUCUGUUUCCCAUUUUAACCAAAAACAUUUUGAAUACGCAACCACGUAAGUUUGAUCUCAUUGUUCUCGGAGAUAUGUUUUAUGAUGAAGACCUUGCAAACACUCUUCAUUUGUGGCUGGAGAAGUAUUUUUGGACCCACGGAACCCGAAUAUUGAUUGGUGACCCUGGGAGGCCCCAGUUCAGUGGACACAGCAUUCAGCAUCAGCUGCACCAACUAGAAGAGUACACACUUCCAGAGCCAACUCAGCAGGACAACAAUGGACUGACCACAAGUGCAGUGUGGGACUUUCAUCCCUGAUUUGUCAGAGUGCUUUCAAGUGUUUGGAUUAAACUCUUAAAAAUUU